AUGCCACCGAAACAAUUCACAAAGAACCAACAGUUCAAACGAGAAAGAGUUAGAAACGCUCGUCAGAUUAGAUCCGAAGCAUCAUCCGCAAACCCUGGAGAGUUUUCAGAGUCGGGAUCAGUGUUGAAUAUACCCUCUUUUGUUUCUUCCAGAGAAUACGAAAUUAAACAGUUACAACAAUCCAUUCAUAGUUCGAAACAAUCCUCAUCCACUAGAGUGUUCCAAGCCUUGCCUCGUAGUCUGAGAAGAAGAACAGCAUCGCAUAAUGUAAAAAGAAUUCCGAAAAGACUUAGGAAUAAAGCCUUAAAGGAAAUGCAGAAGAGUCAACAACAAUUUACCCAAGGAACAAGACAUUUAUUUGAAAAGAGAAAGCAUGGUCUCUCAUCCAGGAAAAUUUAUAGAGCCAAGAUGAUGGUCAACCUACUAAGACUAGCAUCUAAAGCAAAUUCGAUGAAAUUGAGGCUUCCCGAAAGCUUAACCGCUGGAAACAGACAGCUGAGGUCCAAGAUCAGAUUAUUGCAGAAACAGCUAAGGAAUUCGAAAUCUGAAAAAAUCUCCCAACUUAAUAACCAAUUGGGCUCCUAUGAUAGUACAGGACACAACAAACCUGCAAAUAGACCCAUAGGACGUGCAAAAUACAUGAAAAGACAAAAAGACUUUGUAUGGCUACCAACUCAUUUGUGGAAUGCGAAAAGAUCUCAUAUGUUCAAGAGAUGGGGGUUCCAUCUACCGUGGUCUCCCACUCAGAAGAAUUUCAGGCUCACUCAUAGAUUAACAGCCAAUGUUGCAAGUUCUAAUGGAGCAAUGGCUUGUGACACUAGCUAUAUGGGUGAUAUGAUAGUUUCCUGUUCUGAUCACGAGAAAUUGAAGGAUGUAAUCAAACAACUGACUAAUGGACGGGCUUGUUUACCAAAGUACCUUAAAAGGCAACUGUUUAAGGGUUUAUUGUAUUUUGGGACCGAAUGUGUUGGCCCAUGUAAUGUCCUUUGGUUUAAUCCAAAAUGUGUACUAAUCCGUCUUCACCCCUCAAUAUAUCUUCAGGUUUUCAGUAAACUCGUUUCCUGUUUGAAUCUGAAAGAAUUUUCUGUUCAAGAUUGUCAAUUCUCCCUUGGUUCCAUUACUAUAUCUGGUGGGAAAUCUCUGUAUGCUCUGUCGCAGAUAUUGAGAUCUACAAGCGAUUCCACAUCUUACAAGCAAUUCCAGAAAAUAUCACGUAUAACAGACUCCACCGUUUUGCCAGAAAAGACAAUGUUUGCCUUUGAAGCAAUGGACCCCAGAUUUUUGUCAAAUCCAAAACCGUGCUCUCAUUCUACGCCUAUUUCAACAGAACACCUUUUGACAUUUUCGGAUCAACUGCCUGAAACUGAACUCUCUGAAGUGCUUUGUAAGUUAGCAAGUUCUUCGGAGAGAAACAAUUCAUAUAAUAAUCAACAGACACUAAAACAACUAGCAAGAAGACGCAGGGAUUUGCGAACUGACUUGAACAAUCGUAAUAUGAUCCCGCUGAAAGAAACGGACUCUAGAAUACCUCUUUUACUCAUGAGAGAAAGUCAACACUGGGUAUUGAUACUGCCGUGGUUUUGGGUUCUUCCAUUUUGGUACCAAUUAAACAAAGUUAGUGGUGUAUAUCACAUGGGAUUGAAACAAUUUCAACAGCAAUCAUUUGAACAAAAAACUUUGAACUUUCCUGAUGAUUACCCAUUCACCGCCGUUGGCUAUGAUGAAGAUACACUAUACAAAAGUGAAGUUUUACACCAUCUCUGGAGUCGGAAACCCGAAGCCAAAAGAAUAAACUACGUCAAACUAGGCCUAUUGCAUAAAGAAACUAUCAUAAAAGGAGAGUUAGGAUUAUGGUUCUCCUGCGAUUGGAACCUCCUUCGUAUUUUUCAGAAUGGUCUUAAAUCUAAAGGCUUUAGAGAAAAUGACUUUGCUGAUCAAAAUAGAACCAGCACAUUUAACAUUGACAGUGGUGUCAUGAAAAUUCAAUAUAUCGUUGAUCUUUUGAAACUAUAUGAGAAAAAUAAACAGGAACUAAGUUGCCCCGUAGAAUUAUACAAUGGUAAAGUUCAGGAAAUUGAUGAAGAGUGUAUUGCUACUUCAAGAUUACCAAUUAUACCAGUAUCUUGCUCAAUUAUCCAAAGAGGCCAUCCAAAGGAUCAUGCGCGUAUCUAUAAAAUUCCAGACACUGAUAGCUCGUAUUGGAGAGAAAUUGCAGGCGGAACUUAUAAAAGCAACGGUAAAUUACAACAUGACACCAAACAGCCUGUUCCUCAUUGUUAUGAUUUAAUCGGAUUUCUGACAAGCGCAUCUUUCCAUUUGUCUGAUGGGAAAGGAAUUGGCACAGGAUUCAUAUCGGCAUACUCUUUCGAAUCAUUAACUGACCAUUACGUUCUAAUAAGAAACUGUGGCGAAACCACCUAUAGACUUGCAACGUGGAAAAGAAUCUCAGUAUAA